AUGGGUCCUCUUCUUCUUCUUGCUAUGCUCCGGCGAUGGGGAGAAGAUAUAGACAACUCGGCCGACAGUUUGGAGAUUUGCUUCCCGCGGGAAUUCGAGUGGGUCACGGACUCAGGAAGAGCCAGUACUCUCUCUACCCGCUUUCCAUCCAUAGUCGCCGUCGCCUGUUUUCGUCUUCUCCUCACCUGCCGCUGCGGCGAACCAGUCCAGUCGUCGCCGGCGCCGCCCAAACCGAAGCCAAGCAGAUCGUCGCCGAUGUUCAGGAAGCGCCUCUUGAAGAAGGUGCUGCAGCAGCGAAGGAAUGGAGGAGGACCAGGAGGGGGAGCAGGAGGAGCAGGAGAGGUGGCCCAGCUGGACGCGCAGAUCGCGCUUCACUACGGGGUCCCCUACGCCGCCUCGGUCAUGGGGUUUGAUCCAGUGCAGCGGCUCCUCGCCGUCGGGACGCUGGAUGGCAGGAUAAAAAUCUUUGGAGGUGAUAACAUCGAAGGCCUCCUCAUAUCGCCAAAGAGUGUGCCAUACAAGUAUUUGCAGUUUAUACAAAACCAGGGACUACUGGUUGCAGUUUCUAACGAGAAUGAAAUCCAGGUAUGGAAUCUCGAAUUCAGACAACUAUUUCAUUUUUCCCAGUGGGACGUCAACAUAACUGCAUUUGCAGUCAUAGAGGAGACCUUUUUUAUGUACCUUGGAGAUGAAAAUGGCCUGCUUUCUGUUCUGAAGUAUGAUGUAGAUGAUGGGAAGCUUCUAAGGAUGCCUUACAAUGUUACUAUACAUUCCUUAAGUGAAGCAGCUGGUGUUUCCUUGCUUGAUACUCAACCUAUCGUUGGAAUAUUGCCUCAACCGGACACCUUGGGCACGAGGGUGCUAAUUGCAUUUGAGAGAGGAUUGUUAGUUCUUUGGGACAUAUCGGAGGACCGUGCAAUUGCUGUUCGCGGCUAUGGGGACUUACACAUGAAAGGUCAAGUCAGUGGCGCUCAAACAGAUGUUAGUGAACAUCAAAUAGAUAAUGUUGAUGAGACUGAAGAAGAGAGAGAAAUUUGCUCACUUUGUUGGGCAUCAAGAGGGGGUUCAACUGUGGCUGUUGGCUAUAUAACCGGAGACAUACUUCUAUGGGAUAUGACAGUAUCCUCUAGACAAGGAAAGCAAACUGAUGUUUCAUCCAAUGUUGUCAAGCUGCAGCUGGCUUCUGGAAGUCGUAGGCUUCCUGUUAUUGUCUUGCACUGGUCUGCCGGGUCAGCAAAAGAUACUACUAAAGGCGGUCAUCUUUUUGUAUACGGUGGUGAUGAUAUGGGGUCUGAAGAAGUUCUGACGGUUCUUAGCCUGGAAUCAUCUAAUGGAUUAGAGUUAGUAAGAUGCGCGUCGCGUGGGGACCUCAAACUUGAUGGAUCCUUUGCUGAUAUGAUUCUUAUUCCAGAUACUGGGGUUCCAGAUAAAAUACGAGCUUCUGCACUUUUUGUAUUGACGAAUCCUGGACAAUUGAAUUUCUAUGAUGGUAGUGCUCUAUUUUCUGGACGGAAAUCAGAAGAGGUAUAUGCUCAGCCUGAGGCUCGGAAAUUUCCAGUUGCAGUUCCUACAAUUGAUCCCAACAUAACCGUCACGGAUCUGUAUUCACUAACUGGAACAGGGCAUCCAAGUAUUUCACUGAAGAAAUUUUGUGCGAGGCAAAGUGUCGCACCUCCGAUAUCAGGGAAUAUGAAAUGGCCUUUGACUGGUGGGGUUCCUAGUGAAAUGUCACUGAAGGAAGAUCAUGCGGUUGAAAGAAUAUAUGUUGCAGGCUAUCAAGAUGGUUCUGUGAGAAUAUGGGAUGCAACUUUUCCCAUUCUGGUGCCAAUGUUUGUAUUGGAUGCAAAGGUGUCUGAUAUUAUUUUGGAUGGAGCAAAUGCUUCUGUAUCAUCGCUGGCGUUUUGUUCAUUAACCUUGACUUUCGCUGUUGGCACAACAAGUGGUCUGGUGCGCAUGUAUAAACUUCAUGAGCAUACUGGGGAUUCUAGCUUUCACUUCGUGAGUGAAUCUAAACAGGAAGUUCAUGCUGUUCAUCAUGGGAGAGGAUUCCAUUGUCAUGUUGCCUUUAUGGCAUCAAAUUCCCCUGUGCGAUCCCUCAGAUUUACAGGUUCAGGCGAGGUCCUUGCAGUAGGAUAUCAAAAUGGUCAGGUGGGCAUGUUUGAUGCAAGUCAACUGUCAAUGAUGUUCUGUGUGGAUUGCGCAUCAGGAACAAAUUCUCCUGUGGUCUCACUAAGCAUCUAUGGUGUUGUUUCAUCUGCUGCAGAAGUGGACCAGUCCCAGAAAGAGAUUGCUAAAAGUGGAAAAAAUUCCACAGAUGUUCUACUUUCCUUAACUAAGGAUGCACGUCUUACUGUAAUUGACAGCACUAGCGGUCUGGUAAUAAAUUCACAUCUGUUAGAUCAGAAGCAAUUGUCUGCAGUUUCGAUGUAUGUCAUAGAUGUAGCUUCAGAUGAGGAGCAAUCACAAUCAUCAGGAGACAAAUCCCCGCCUCAAAGUCAGACAGGAAAAGAACAAAAGGAUCUUGACCAAAAACAAGCACAAGGAGCCGAAACUAACCAGAAAAAGGCUUCUCAACAUUCACACAGCGGUGAUUCAAAUUCUCUUCUUUUGGUCUGCUUUGAGGAUGAAGCGCUUUUAUUUUCUCUGACAUCAUUGAUUCAGGGAAGCAACAAGCAUCUAGAUAAAAUAAAGCUCGCAAAACACUGCUGCUGGUCAGCCAUUUUCAAGAAUAAGGAUGAUAAAGCUUGUGGACUGAUAUUAGCUUAUCAGACAGGGAUCAUAGAAUUGAG